AUGCCUGGAUUGGCAAAGUUCAUCAACCUGCCCAUCCCGGGCCGCGAGCAUCAGCAAACUUCCAACAGCCGGCCGACCUCUCGCAAGGCACUCAAGGAACGACGACCGCGAAAUGUUCGCGACAACUUCAUCAAGUCGCUGCCGACACCCUCGGGUCCAUAUGAUGUCGGCAGUAUCGACCUGGAAAUCCCUGUAGACUACGAAGACUUUGGUAUACGCCGCGGUGGCAAACAAGCGCUUGUGCUGGAAACUGUACUCUUUACAAUCUUCUACCCAAUCAAGCUUGGCACGCCCAACGAGAAGGCCCCAGACGGCAGGUCGAAAUGGUCGCGCCAAACGUGGCUACCGCGGUCUCGCGGCACUGCUGCGCGCGGUUACGGCGACUUUGCGGGGGUCAACAAGGCCUUUUGUCAGGCAUUCUUUUGUGGUACGGUUGGGCUGACCAAAUUGCCGGCUUGGCGCAAUGCACCACUUGCCAAUCAUUGGGCGGCUGAAGGAAAUGCUCGUGAUACGGGUGUUGACAUCAAGGACAGAGCUGCAGAGGAGUCCGUUGAUCACACACCUGUGUUCCCACUUAUGUUGUUCAGUCAUGGUCUUGGUGGGAACAGGAGUACUUACAGUGCGUUGUGUAGUGAGUAUGCGAGCUAUGGUUACAUUUGUGUGGCAGUGGAGCACCGAGACGGCUCUGGACCACGGACAUUCGUCAACCAUCCCCUGGGAGAUCCUGCUCGCGAGGUCAAUUACAUCCGGCCUUGGCAAGAUCCAGAAGGGCCUCUCAAUGGGCCAUCCAAGAAUGAUACGUCCAAUGAGGUCUCAACAGAUCAUGAGCUCAGAAAUGCGCAAAUACGUAUGCGCAAGAGAGAACUUCAUCAUGCACGGGAGAUUAUGUGUAGGAUCAAUGCAGGCGAAGGCGCUGCGGUUGCUGCACUCAAUCGACGCAAUAAACAGCAUACCCAAGGCAAGGAAAAGCUUGUCGGUGCCACGUCCCGUGGUACAAUCGGUAUCGACUGGGAGAGAUGGCGCGGUGCAGUGAGUACCGACGAUAUCACCCUCUGUGGCCAUUCUUUUGGUGGUGCCACCUGCAUUUCGGCACUGAGAUCUCCUGAUAUGCUCAAGUACGUGAGUUAUGGCAUCCUCCUUGAUGUCUGGGGUCAAGGUCUUCCACCCAAGCCAAAUGAAGAGGAUGGGGAACUUGCCACUAUACAGCGCCCGACCAUUGCUCUGGGCUCCGAGUCUUUUCUCUACUGGGAAGAAAACAAUAAGAUCAUGUUUGACCUUGCACGCAACACUCUCGAGAUUGAGGUGCCCUUCUGGCUGCUGACUAUUCGUGGAUCCUUUCACAUGUCCUUCAGUGACUUUGGGUUGCUCUGGCCACGACUAUUCAAGUUCAUGUUCAAGGCAUCUGUUGAUUCGCAGCGUGCCGUAGACAUCAUCAUCAACGCCUCAAUGGAAUUCCUUCGCAUUGUCAUGCCGCAGGAUAACUCACGCUGGAUUCGUGCUACAAAUGAAGGGCUCCUCGAUGUGCAAAUCAGCGACAAGUGGCGAAAUAUCAAGGGCAAACGCAAUGACUGGAUGCAGAAGAUGAAAGUGCACGGCGGAGACGAUUGUGAAGUGUGGAUGCAUGUGACUCCAACAUCCGGCUAUGCUGGUAUUGAGGGGCAUGUUCAUGGUGCCACCGAUGCCACUGCUUCGCCUCACCAUGUGUCGACUUCUCGAACCAACGACAAUACACAGCACAACAAGGAUCACUCUGAAGCACACAAAGAGCCUUGA